AUGGAGGACCCGGGGCAACCUCAGAUUGACGAACAGCGCAGUCUUUACUGGCGAAAACUGGCAGAAAAGAAUUGGCUUUCGUCUGGAAAACAUGUUGCAAAGGCCAGGAAAGAAUUAAUACGCAAGGAAAUAUGGGAUGUUCUCGAAGAGAAGCAGUUCGAGCACUCCUCACUGCUGGUGUUAGAAGGCCUUCAACUACUUGAGAGCUACCUCUGGCCUACAUACAACGAAGAUGUCAUCAACCAUCACGUUCUUCUGAUAGCCCUCCUCGUGAACGUGAAAGGCAGACAGCAUCUACCAACUUGGACGAUCUUCUCUAACGACCCCAUACGCUUCUCAUCACUCUUCACUCGUAUCCUGUCUAUGACUCUUGACUGUUCUUUAUCCUCGAAGAUACGAACGAGCCUACUUUGUUGUCUCAUCAAUGCAUUUCAAUCCCUCGAUAAUGGUUUGAUACGAAAAGAAUGCGCCCCCCUCGUGUCCAUUUCUAUAUGGCAUAAUUUGGACUCUGAUGCUACCCGCGAGCAAAAACUUCGGAGCCAUGCGCAGCUAGGUAAGGCGUGGCGGGCUUCUGCUAAGCGUUUUGAGGCGGCCGACGAUCUAGGAAAGAUAAAACUACGAUUCGAGCGCUCUUGGCUCUACACUUUGACUGUGGGGUUCAUUGGCAAUAUCUACGAGCCACAAAGGGGGGACAUCGAGUACUGCGAGCGAUUCGUGGAAUUGCUGACAGACCUUGAGAGUCAAUUGCCUACCAGGCGUUAUGUCAAUUCGCUUCUCAAAGACUUAAACAUUCUAGCUUUGAUUCGACUCUCUCCUCUCUUCAAUGUGCCCGAAAACGGUCUGUUUCGAGACCUCUACGUGCUUCUGCGGCACUUUGUCCAUUUUCCGGUAGACGAUCACAGUGGUAUCCAAUUCUCAAAAGAGCAAUCUCGUGAUCUGCAUUGCCAAGAGCUUGCCAAACUGCAAAGAUUGAGUCUCAAAUCUCACAAAGAGAAAUUAUCUCUCCUAGCUUUGUCCAAUUACGGAUCAAUUGAUCAACGCGGAGAUUUAGAGGGCCAUUUAAGUCAGCUGAAUGAUCGGGAACUUGUAGAGUUGUGUUCCAGCCUUGGGCUUCGUACUACGUAUCCUCCAGAAGGCAAGGUUGAGCAAAGCCGAAAGCUCGUUCUUGAGAUAUUGGUCUCGACACACGAGAAGCAAAAGACUUUUCAAGACUCUGUGAGGAAUAUGAGCGUACUUCCGACCGAGGCUACACUUUUUGAAGAGUCUUUAUUGCAGAACGACACCUACAACGGAUCAAGACCGCUUGGGAUGCCUAAGAUCAAUCUGCAGUACCUCACGAUUGGAGAUUUCCUCUGGCGUUCCUUCGUCCUGCACAGGUGUGAGCAAUUUUUCGAAAUUCGAAAUUUCCUAGAAGAAACCGUCAAGAGAUUGCGACCUUCCCGCAAUCGCUCAGAUGGGGGUAUACGUUUCGAUGGAUCCUCUCGCGCAGCGCUCCCUGUGGGCAAACCGGCCAUUUUAGAGGCAGCGCCACCGAGAGUGGGACAGAACAAACCUGCCUAUGUCCGAGCUGAGAUCACGCUUGACGUGAGUAGGCUGGGCGAUCACGUUCGGAAAGAGUGGGAUUCUUUACGACUGGAAGACACUGUCUUUCUGGUCGCAGUAUGUCCUAAAGACGGUGACAAGAGCUUGACAAACGGGCACGCUUUUGCGGCAUCGCGAGAAACGCCAUUGUCAGUGGUUCGGGUAGCAGAAGUCCGCCAAGUCCUCGACGAAAACGGUAGACUUGUAAAGGAGCAUUUGCGAGAUCAAGUGAACGGCCAUGGUCCGAGACCACGUAUUAGAAGAUUGAUAGUGGAUUUAGACACCGCAUCCUUCUAUGCGGAUGUUGAGAGGAAGGAAAAAGGGGGCGGUGACACCUACGAGCAGAUCAACCUCCUCGUAAAACGGAAUCGAAGAGAAAACAAUUUCAAGAAGGUCCUCGAAACUGUCCAACGGCUAGUCGUAUCUGAAUCCCCGUUACCAUCAUGGUUGCAAGAAGUCUUCCUUGGUUUUGGCGAUCCGACUUCAGCAACGCACACCAAUUUGACGAACAAGCUCAAUCGGGUGGACCUCCGAGAUACUCUCCUCAACUGGAAGCAUCUCGUAGAAAGUUUUCCUGAGAAGGAUAUUGAGACGCUGGCAGAGAGUGAGCCCGGGUUCGGACCUCCUUAUAUCCUUGACAACAGUUCCGAGAAUCCUCAAGCUCCUAAGCUGUCAAGAAAACGUCGACGAGACACAGCAGCUCUUGAUGUUGAGCUGCCACGACCCUCGAAAGCUCUAAAGGUCUCAAGUUCCCCAGGACCUGUGAAAGGCCCUUAUCCGGAGGAUGCGCCCAAGAUCAAUCAGAUUCGUUUCACUCCUGCUCAAGUUGAGGCUGUGAUCUCAGGCACACAACCAGGCUUGACCAUUAUUGCAGGGCCUCCAGGAACCGGUAAAACAGACGUGGCGACUCAAACUAUCAGCAACCUAUACCACAACUUUCCAUCACAGCGCACACUUCUAAUCGCUCAUAGCAACCAGGCAUUGAAUCAGCUCUUCCAAAAAAUCACAAAACUCGACAUCGACCAACGCCAUCUUCUUCGACUUGGUCAGGGAGAAGGCGACCUUGAAACAGAGGCCGACUACAGCAAGACAGGGAGGGUGGAAUCGUUCCUUGAAAACCGAGCCUCCUAUCUUGCGGAAGUCGAUCGACUCGCAGCGAAUUUCGGUGCACCGGGAGCCCAUGGGGCUUCUUGUGAGACUGCCGGAUAUUUCAAGUCUGUUUAUGUUGAUCCUGCUUGGCACAGAUUUUGGGAUCUCAUAGGCUCGGCUACUUCAACGGAGGAGGCUAUAUCAUGUUUCCCUUUUCAUUACUACUUUCAGACCGCGCCUCAGCCUCUAUUUCCUCCCAACGCUCCCAAAGAUGCUGUAGUCGACAUCGCGCGCGGUUGCGAGCAGCAUGUAAACAGGAUAUUUGCUGAACUCGACGACAUCAGGCCUUUCGAAUUGCUUCGAAAUUACAAAGACAAAAGCAAUUACUUGCUUGUCAGAGAGGCACGCAUCAUUGCCAUGACCGCUACACAUGCGGCUAUGCGUCGGCAGGAAAUUGCAACUCUAGGCUUCCAUUAUGACAACAUUGUCAUGGAAGAAGCUGCCCAGGUAACGGAGAUUGAGAAUUUCAUCCCGCUGGCUUUGCAAGACGUUACUACUGGAGAUUCUCCUUUGCAAAGGGUCGUCUUGUGCGGAGACCAUUUGCAAAAUUCACCAGUCAUCCAACAUCUAGCCUUCCAGCAAUUCUCAAAUUUGGACCAAAGUCUGUUUCUCCGCAUGGUCCGGCUAGGUGUUCCUCUUAUCAGCCUAGAUGCCCAAGGUCGAGCAAGGCCAAGCAUUGCGGAGCUCUACAGGUGGCGUUAUCCCCAGCUCAAAAAUCUUCAGCACGUACUUAAAGAGCCAGUAUACCUUCGCGCAAACGCAGGUUUCAGGUAUGAGUACCAAUUCAUCGACGUUCCAGAUUACAAGGGCAAAGGCGAGAGCCAUCCUUCUCCUCAUUAUAUUCAAAACCUGGGCGAAGCAGAGUAUGGCGUUGCAAUCUAUCAAUACAUGCGGCUUCUCGGGUACCCAGCGAGCAAGAUCUCAAUACUUACCACUUAUGCUGGUCAACGGGUACUCAUCCGCGAUGUGCUCAACCACCGAUGUGCCGGCAACAGGCUCUUUGGCAUGCCCCGCGCUGUCACAACCGUAGAUAAAUACCAGGGCGAACAGAAUGACUAUAUCAUCCUCUCGCUUGUUCGUACAGAACGACCAGGAUAUCUCCGCGAUCUGCGCCGCUUGACAGUUGCUCUUUCUCGGGCUCGUCUUGGCCUAUACAUUCUUGGUAGGCGGAGCGUGUUUGCGUCAUCGACUGAAUUCACACAAGCCUUUGCUUUACCUUUUCAGCGACCCGGUUCUUUAACGCUGACAACCGGAGAAAUGUAUCCCACGGAAAGACUUCUGAACGAUGAAAUGGGUGCGACAGAGAUGGUCAGCACUGAGCACUUAGGACAAUAUGUAUAUGAGAUGACGCAGGCGAAGGUGAACAUGUUCAAAGGCGGUAAAGCUAUCCUUCCACCUCAAGAGUCAACGGAAUUACUAGACAUUGACAGAGUUGAUGACGAGGUUGGCGGUGAAGACCAAAACGCAAUUGUAGACGCUACGGAUGAGCCCUUUGAUGGGAGCAAUGAGAGUGUACCAUGA